CUUUAUAACUUGCUCUGGCUUUGGGUUGUUUUGCUGCCACUUCCUCUCUCUAAAUCAGCGGCCGCCUAGCGGCUGCUACAACCCCCGAGCCAUGGAACGAAGGAGGACCCCACCACCACCACCCUCCUCCCCCACAACCGGCGGUGUGAUACUCGGAAAGUACAAAUUGGGCCGUCUCUUGGGCCGUGGCAGCUUUGCCAAGGUCUACCACGGCCGAUCUCUAUCUGACAACACAACAGUGGCCAUCAAAGUCAUCGACAAGGCCAAGACCGUCGACGCCGCAAUGGAGCCACACAUCGUCCGGGAAGUCUCCGCCAUGCGCCGCCUCAACAACCACCCCAACAUUCUCCAAAUCCACGAAGUCCUCGCCACCAAAACCAAGAUCUACCUCGUCAUGGAGCUCGCACAGGGCGGCGAGCUCUUCGUCCAACUCGCCCGCCGCGGCCGCCUCACCGAAUCCGCCGCCCGCCGCUACUUCCGGCAGCUAGUCUCCGCCCUCCGCUUCUGCCACCAGAACGGCAUCACUCACCGCGACAUCAAACCCCAGAACCUCUUACUCGACGGAGCCGGAAACCUCAAGAUCUCCGACUUUGGCCUCUCCGCCCUGCCGGAUCAGCUAAAAAACGGCCUCCUCCACACGGCUUGCGGAACUCCGGCGUACACCGCGCCGGAGGUUUUCACCCGAAAAGGCUACGACGGCGCGAAGGCCGACGCCUGGUCUUGUGGGGUCAUCCUAUUCGUCUUCCUCGCCGGAUACCUCCCUUUCGACGACAGCAACAUCCCCCAAAUGUAUCAGAAGAUUCGCCGCCGGGAAUUCCAACUUCCGGCGGAAAUUUCAAAGCCGGCGAAGCACAUCAUUAAUCGCUUACUUGAUCCGAACCCAGAAACAAGAAUGAGCAUCGAGGCCUUGAUGGGUCUCUCUUGGUUUAAGAAAUUAUCGGAAAAAGAGUUGAACCAUUGUUCUUCACUUGAUUCGGAUGCAGUAGCAGUGAAAGAUAAUUGUAAAUUCACAAAAACCAUGAACGCAUUUGAUAUAAUUUCAAUGUCAUCAGGGUUGGAUUUGUCCGGACUUUUCGAGGGUUCAUUGAACAAGAGAGCGAAGAGAUUUACGUCGAAUGCGUCGAUGGAGGUGAUCGAAGAGAGGAUGAGAGAGGUGGGUGAGAGAUUAGGGUACAGAGUGGAGAGAGGAAAGGAUGGGGCUCUAGGGUUUAUGAAGGAAAAGUGGGGGGUUUUAUCAGCUAAAAUGUUGGAGGUGACAGAGGAACUAGUGUUGGUUGAAAUGAAGGUGAUUGAUGGGUGGGCAGAGAUUGAGAAGCAACAAUGGGAUGUAGUGAGAAUUGGGCUUGAAGAUAUCGUCCUGUCAUGGCACAACGAUGGUUUUGGAGGAGAAGAAUCUCAGUAGAAUAGUGCCGGAAUUGAGUUCAUGAUGGUGGUUACUUGGGAGAGGGUUUGCUUAGGGUUUAAUAGAUGAUCCACUUUGGAUGAGAAGCGAGAAUCAAUCUUGGUGAAAACAUGACUUUUCUUGUAAAUAUUUGAUUCUUCUUUCAAACUAGUGUGUGUUACUAGUUAUUUUUUUCAGAAAAUUUAGUGUUCCUAGUUGGCUAGUCAA